GGUAACGGUGAUGCAAUAAGCCACAUCCUAAUCGUACGGUUGGAUGGCCAGAGAAAAGGAGUGGGGACAGAGACGACGACGGAUAUCGAUAUUCAUCUUAACUAUAAAACCUUAUUAAAUUCUACAUUCCUAGGGUUUCUUCGGGCUUCGACGAGUUCCUAAAACCCUCAUCUCCCACCUGCACACACACUCAACAAGCUACCAUUUCCUGCAGCUGUGUUUCCCGGGUUUUGUCUUAAGAAGAAGCGCGCCUCUUUCUACUAAGAGCUUGGGUUUGAUCUCUGGUGAGAUUUGAAUCCUGGGAGUGUUUGAAGGAAUUUUAUGGGGAAGUCUGGGGGUAGGAAAAAGAAGAGUGGUGGUAGUCAAAACCAGAGCCAAAGCCAAGUGAGCAAUGGAGAGAACCCGUCGCAACCUGUCGUUAAUGGCGGUGUUAAUUUGGACUCUGCGGUUUUCAUGAAAAGAGCCCAUGAGCUAAAGGAAGAGGGUAACAGGAGGUUUCAGGGCAAAGAUUAUUUGGGUGCUCUUCAACACUAUGAGAAUGCACUGAAGCUUAUCCCAAAAGUGCAUCCGGAUCGAGCUGUGUUUCAUAGCAAUAGGGCGGCCUGUUUGAUGCAAAUGAAGCCGAUAGAUUAUGAAGCUGUGAUAUCGGAGUGUAGUCUGGCACUUCAGGUGCAGCCACAGUUUGCUCGGGCCCUACUUCGGAGGGCUCGGGCAUUUGAGGCUGUAGGGAAGUAUGAAAUGGCUAUGCAAGAUGUGGAGGCACUGUUGGUUGCUGAUCCUAAUUAUGGAGAUGCUUUGGAGAUUGCUGGACGACUGAGAACUGCACUAGGCCCUCGUCAAGAGGCUCAACAGGACCUUCAAAGCCGCCCAUCACCAGCAGCCCUUGGAGCAUCUGCUGUCCGUGGGGCACCCAUAGGUGGCCUUGGACCGUGCUUGCCGGCGCGACCGGUAUCUAAGAAGCCAGCGGCAUCCUUAAUGGGAGCAACUGCAAGUGUUCCAGCUGCUAAGGCAGAUAAGCUUUACCCAAUUCCGCCUGUUGAAAAUGGUCCUGAGGUGAAAAACCAGUUCCCAAAAGUUGUUUUGAAGCCCUCCAAUGGUUCUUCACGACCUAGCCCUAAUGCUAGCAAGGAUCACCAGAAGCAGCAGACGUAUUUGGCAUCGGGUGGGGUUCCACUUCAUGGGCAAUCCAAAGCAAUUGCAAUCCAAUGCAGACCACUGAAGCUUGUUUAUGGGCAUGACAUCAGGCUUGCACAAAUGCCUGCCAAUUGUAGUUUGAAAGUUUUGAGAGAUAUUGUAAGUAAACGUUUGCAAAUGUCUAAAUCAGUGCUCAUCAAAUACAAGGAUGCUGAUGGUGACUUGGUGACUAUAACAUGUUCCGCCGAACUUAGACUGGCAGAGAUCUUUGUUGACAACCUUAAUCCAAGAGACCCUGAUUCUAGUAAAGGAGACUCCCUUAGUAUGUUGAGAUUGCACAUAGUUGAAGUGAGCCCUGAACAAGAGCCACCAUUACUGGAUGAUGAAGAGGAGGAGGAGGAGCAACCUCUUGAGACUGAAGUGCCUAAAGGAGAUGGCACUGUUUUAUCAUCUUCAGUUAUGGAUUCUUCAAUUGAAGCUGCGGAUUCAGAGACUGGUAAAACUGAGAAAAGUGAACAGAAUGAGAAGAAGGGAUCAACAGAAGAUCCAGAAUGUAAAGAGGUUGAGAUGGAUGAUUGGUUAUUUGAGUUUGCUCAAUUGUUCAGGACUCAUGUCGGGAUCGAUCCAGAUGCUCAUAUUGAUCUUCAUGAGCUUGGAAUGGAGAUGUGUUCAGAGGCACUUGAGGAAACAGUAACUAGUGAAGAUGCUCAGGUCCUUUUUGACAAGGCUGCCCUGAAGUUUCAAGAGGUUGCUGCCCUGGCUUUCUUCAACUGGGGAAACGUAUAUAUGUGUGCAGCAAGGAAAAAAAUUCCACUCGAUGACUCAUCUUCUAAAGAAUUGGUGAGUGCGCAGCUUCAAAAUGCUUACGAUUGGGUGAGGGAGAAGUACUCUCUUGCUAAAGGGAAGUAUGAGGAGGCUUUAUCGAUCAAACCUGACUUCUAUGAAGGAUUGUUGGCUCUAGGACAGCAGCAAUUUGAAAUGGCAAAGCUACAUUGGUCAUUUGUGCUGGCCAAGAAAGACGAAGUAUCAAAAUGGGAUCCAACUGAGACAUUUGGUCUUUUUGACAGUGCACAAGAGAAAAUGAAAUCAGCAACUGAGAUGUGGGAGAAGCUGGAGGAGCAGAGAGCUUCUGAGUUGAAAGAUGGAAACACGAGCAAGAAGGAUGAACUACCAAAUAGAAGGAAGAAGCAGGGUAGCAGCGUGCAGGGUGAUUCCUCUGGUGUAGGAAAUCAAGUGGAGAUUUCGCCUGAGGAAGCAGCAGAGCAAGCUGCUGUUAUGAGAUCUCAAAUUCAUCUAUUUUGGGGCAACAUGCUUUUUGAGAGAUCUCAAAUCGAAUGUAAAUUGGGUUUGCCUGGUUGGAAGAACAACCUGGAUGUUGCAGUGGAGCGUUUUAAACUUGCUGGAGCUUCUGAAGCCGAUAUAGCAACUGUUCUGAAAAAUCACUGUUCUAAUGAAGAAGCUGCAGAAGAAAAAACAAAGGUCAACAACCCAACCCCUGAUGUGGCUGAAAAAGUCAAUGUCUGAAAAUUUGGUAUUGACCCAGAGUUAAAGAUUCAUGGCAUUCACUUCUACAAUGUGUUUUGCAUUGGGAUUGGAGUCAAAAGGAGAUUAGUGCUUCAUCUUCGGCGUUAAAAGCUGCUUUCCUCUUUUGCCUCAGGGGCAAUAUUGCCUACUUUGCCCAUCAAGUCUUAAGUCCCUGUGCUUGGAAAUGUUUCCAAGAUUUCCUUGUAGCUACUGGACGUGCCGGGUGACAUUGAUUUUUGCAGUGAUUCUGAUGAAAGUUUAUCUUGCUUUGCAGUUUUUGCCAUAAUUAUAUCAUUAAUUGCUUCGGAACUAAUUCCUAGUUUCUUUCUUUGUUUGUUUUUUAUUUCCCUUUUCGUCACUCAAUAGGGUAGCAUUAUAAAUGAUUACUGUGAUCUUCUUAUCUUAAUUAUGCCAUAAUCUGAUUUUACUCAGUUUUCUUUA